AUGUUGCCAAAGAACUCUUCCAAGAGAUGGUUUCUCGUGGUGUGCACCCGUGCUGUAACUUAUGGUAUUUUGUUGGACGGUUUGUGUGACAAUGGAGAACUAGAAAAUGCAUUGGAGAUAUUUGAGAAAAUAGAGAAGAGUAAAUUGGAUUUUGGUAUUGGUAUCUACAAUAUCAUCAUACAUGGGAUGUGCAAUGGUAGUAAGGUCGAUGAUGCUUGGGAUUUGUUCUGUAGCCUUCCUCUUAAAGGAGUGAAGCCCAAUGUUAAGACAUACACCGUAAUGAUUGCAGGACUAUGUAAGAAAGGCUCACUGUCCGAAGCUGACCUGUUGUUUAGAAAGAUGGGAGAGGAUGGGAUUGCACCAAUAGUGGUACAUACAACACACUAA